GCCCCUCGGGCGGCUGGCAGGAUCCCCGGCCCCGGCGCAUAAGAGUGCAUGCGGGCCGCAAGCGGUGUAAGUCGAGUGGGUGGGCUCACACGCGUGUGGCAGACGUGGCCGGCCCUGUUCUUAUUAUUGUCAGGUCAAGCUCUGCAAUGGCUUUGUCGCCGGCCUUUUUCUUCUUCUUCGUGUUGCACUUUCUCUCUCUCAAGGCCCAAACAAUCCAACCCAUCUUCUGCUUCCUUUGGCAACGGGCCUGUGCAUUGUUGUCGCGGUCGCUGUUGUUGUUGUCGCUGCUGGACCCUGGCCACGAAAUUAAUUGGGGGCGUCUCCAUCACCGCCAGGGGUCAACCUCGACAAUCCAUGCCCAACCAACCGACCACUUCGUCCACCCACGCACAGAUCACAUAGACUUCACUCACUUUACUUCACUUCACUUCACUCACUCGAUUACUCACUCACUACCUUCUCUUCUCGAUUGCCAAUUGCUCGUGCCAUUGUGUCUCCUUUUCUGUACUUCUGUCCAGCAC